AUGUUAUCAUCGUAUGUACAACAUGGGUAUGCCGAUCUCGGUAUGCAGUUGUUUUCUUUCAUGUGUCGUACAAGCCUGCGGCCGAAUGAUUUUGGGUUGUCAUCAGCGCUCAAGGCGUGCAUAAUUAAGGGUGAAUUGGUGGCGGGUAAGCUCCUUCAUGGGCUUAUAAUCAAAUGCGGUUUCAAAUAUAAUGCAUUUUGUAGUAGUUUUGUUCUUGACUUAGAUUUUUUUGUGAAAUCUGGAUUUGAGCUGGAUUCAUUUGUGGGAAGUGCUAUCAUUGAGAUGUAUGUUACUUCCGGAAUGAAAGCCGAUGCUUAUAAAGGAUUCCCCAAUAUCUUGAUAUGUUGGAAGAAGCCAAAGCCAUUCAUUCACACAUCAUGGAAAGCAUUUGGGGAAUCCGAUCUAUACCUAGGAAAUUCUCUCAUCGAGAUGUAUGCAAAAUGCAAAGGAGUUGAUGAAGCUGCUAUGGUGUUCAAAGAAAUGGAUAUGCAUAAUGAGUUUUCAUGGACAACCAUGAUAUCUGGGUACAUCGAAUCGAAGAGGUACAUGGAAGGAUUGGAGUUGUUUCGUGAUAUGCACUCCUCCACGUUGACAAAACUAAGUCAGUUUACUACUGUUGCCGUUCUUCAGGCCUGUUAA